AUGAGUGGACCUAGAGGCUCAAACGUUGUCUUUGUUGGGAACAUUCCAUAUGAACUUACGGAAGAGCAGUUAACCGAUGUAUUUAAAGAAGUUGGGCCAGUAUUGUCUUUUCGUCUUGUUUUCGAUCGAGAUACGGGGAGACCUCGAGGAUAUGGUUUUUGCGAGUAUCAUGAUUCCGAGACCGCAGCAAGUGCUGUACGUAACCUGAAUAAUGUAGAGGUUGGCGGGAGACAACUGAGAGUUGAUUAUGCCGACGCACCAUAUCCAACACCGCCGAAACAACCUCAAAUUGUUUCGCCACCAACUACUAUAACACAACAACCGAUAUCACAAACCGCUAUAGAAAAUCUCUCUCAAGCUGAACAAAACUCAAUGAACCAAGCUCAGCUACUUGAGAUUUUGUCAACAAUGAAGUUGUAUAUUCAAACACAUUAUGAACAAGCUCGUAUAUUGUUGACGCAAAAUCCUCAAUUAUCAUAUUCGUUAUUUCAAAUAAUGGUUCAGCUAAACCUCAUUGAUCCAUCAAUAUUAUCGAGUCUAUUGGUUCAGAACGCACCACAGCAACAGAAUCAACCCACACCUGUACAAAGUACUAGCCAAGUAGUUGGUGGUGUUAAUUUUGGUCUUCCAAACGCCCCCAACUCCAUUCCACAACCUUUACAACAAACAAUACAACAAUCAAUGGGUAUGCCAGGAAUGCUAUCCGUUAUGAGCAAUGCCGGAACUCCAACGUCAUACGUUGGAAAUGUUAACAUAAAUGAUUUACAAAUGACAGAAGCAAAUCAGAAGCUUCUUUUGCAAGUACUUAAUCUUCCACAACAGCAAAUCGAUUCGUUAUCGCCUGAACAGCGAAAUAGCUUAAUCGCGUUGAAACAACAACUUUUGCUUCAAACUAGACAAACGUAA